GAACCGCUUGUAUGCUAUUGUUUCCCGUGGAUUGCCACGAACUUCCAUAGCUCUUGCUGUCCAUCACGGAUAGCUUAGCUCAUGCCUAUAUAUGACGGACAAACUGAACAGGAUGAAUUAACUUCAAUUCAAAGCUAGAACACAACACAAACACAUCGCAAAAGUAAACAAAAAAAAAUUACUACUCAAACAUGUCGCAGUUUGUGGCGACGUUCGAGUACUGCAGCCUGGCCGUGUCGGUGUCGUCUCUCCUGAUCAGGUUCGUCCUCCACCCGCUCGUCAGGGACGCCAUCAUCCUCGUCAUGUCCAGAGCUGGCGCGAGCUCCCUCUCCUGCGCCCUCCUCGGCCUCCUCGCGCACGACGACAGCGCCCUCUUCGCCGCCGACGAUCGCUGCGCCGGCGCCGUAGCCGUCGUCGAGCCACCGCCUCCGCUGAGGCGGGAAUGCGAGCUGUGCGCUCGUAGGGGCGGCGCCGGGCUGUCGCGCCACGACGUCGCGGCGGUCGUGGCGAGCCUCGGCAUGGUCGCCGCCGGCGAAGAUGACGACGACGACGACGAGGCGUGCGGCGUGUGCGAGGCGGUGGCGGCGGUGGAGGAGAUGGCGGAGGGGAAGGUGGCCGGGGAGGGCGAGCUGCGGGAGGCGUUCUACGUGUUCGAUCGCGACGAGGACGGGUACGUGAGCGCGGCGGAGCUGUGGAACGUGAUGCGGAGGCUGGGCAUUGAGGAGGGCGCGCGGUACGGCGACUGCGUCAGGAUGAUCGCGGCGUACGACGGCGACGGCGAUGGCCGGAUCAGCUUCCAGGAGUUCAGAGCCAUGAUGGAGAACGCGGUUUAGACGUACUUGACGGUCCGGAGUUCAUACCUCCUACUACUACAUUGUAUUUAGAGAUUUAACGGAUACUAUUUCAGCGUUCCAGAUGGUAAAAUGUUUAAUUACGACAAGUUUUGUUGAAUUAAGCUCGGAUAUGAAAAAGAAAAAAAAAUCAAACGUGGCUUAAUUACAGUAUGUCCUGUUGUUUUGCUUUUGUCA